AUGUGCGAUGCGGCUACAUCUGCAACUUUUGCGCAACUUUUGCGUGAGGCUGGAUCACAUGUGUCUAACCCAACUGAAGAAAAGUCUGCAUGCGCUGCGACCCAAACGAAAAGGCUUGUGGUUUGUUGCUUGGAAUUCUCAGCCAGACGGGGUCACGCACUAGGGUAA